GGCGGUUGAGCGAGUCAGAGAGCCAGUGGCCGCUGGCUACGACAGUUCCGGACUACGGCUCGCUGCUCUCCCCUCCUCUCCUGUUCUCAGCUCAGUUCAGCUCGUGUCUGUGCGGCCGGCGCGCCUGCCUUUCCUCUGCGGCCGUCCCCUCCCCGCGUUGUCGGAGCGGCGAAGCUGAGGAGCUGAGGAGAGCAGAGCCCGGCCGGCAGUCGGCCAGCUCAGGGAAGGGGCCCUAGAGAAGGAGCCGCUGCCGCCGCCGCCCCGGGAGCCUAGCGCAGGGAGCGAGCCGCCUCCCACUUCAUUUCGUCUCCUCCCUCGCCGGACCGGCCCCACUCUCUCUUAGAGCAGCCCUGCCCAGCUCCAUGAAUGGAAAUCGGCCCCGCAGGACCCGUUGGGGCACAGCCCCUGCUCAUGGUGCCCAGACGUCCUGGCUAUGGCACCAUGGGCAAACCCAUUAAGCUGCUGGCCAACUGCUUCCAAGUUGAAAUUCCAAAGAUUGAUGUCUAUCUCUAUGAGGUAGAUAUAAAACCAGACAAAUGUCCUAGGAGGGUAAACAGGGAAGUGGUUGACUCAAUGGUUCAACAUUUUAAGGUAACAAUAUUCGGAGACCGAAGACCAGUUUAUGAUGGGAAAAGAAGCCUUUAUACAGCCAAUCCACUUCCGGUAGCAACUACUGGGGUGGAUUUAGAUGUUACGUUGCCUGGAGAGGGUGGAAAAGAUCGUCCUUUCAAGGUGUCAAUAAAAUUUGUGUCUCGGGUGAGCUGGCAUCUGCUGCAUGAAGUUCUGACAGGACGGGCUUUACCUGAGCCUAUAGAACUAGACAAACCAAUCAGCACUAACCCUGUUCAUGCUGUCGAUGUGGUGCUACGACAUCUACCCUCCAUGAAGUACACCCCUGUGGGCCGUUCCUUUUUUUCUGCUCCUGAAGGAUAUGAUCACCCUCUGGGAGGGGGCAGGGAAGUAUGGUUUGGAUUCCAUCAGUCUGUCCGACCUGCCAUGUGGAAAAUGAUGCUUAAUAUUGAUGUUUCUGCCACUGCCUUCUACAAAGCACAACCUGUAAUUCAGUUCAUGUGUGAAGUCCUUGACAUUCAUAAUAUUGAUGAACAACCAAGAUCUCUUACUGAUUCUCAUCGGGUAAAAUUCACCAAAGAGAUAAAGGGUCUGAAGGUUGAAGUGACUCAUUGUGGAACAAUGAGACGGAAAUAUCGUGUUUGUAAUGUAACAAGGAGACCUGCCAGUCAUCAAACCUUUCCUUUACAGUUAGAAAGUGGCCAAACUGUAGAAAGGACAGUAGCACAGUAUUUCAGAGAGAAGUACAACCUCCAGCUGAAGUAUCCUCACCUUCCCUGUCUUCAGGUGGGACAGGAGCAGAAGCAUACUUACCUGCCUCUGGAAGUCUGUAAUAUUGUGGCAGGACAACGGUGCAUUAAGAAGCUAACUGACAAUCAGACGUCCACCAUGAUCAAGGCAACUGCAAGAUCUGCUCCCGAUAGACAAGAAGAAAUUAGCAGAUUGGUGAGAAGUGCAAAUUAUGAUGCUGACCCAUUUGUUCAGGAGUUUCAGUUUAAAGUUCGGGAUGAAAUGGCCCAUGUAACAGGACGUGUACUCCCUGCUCCAAUGCUGCAGUAUGGAGGACGGAAUCGAACAGUAGCAACUCCAAGUCAUGGAGUUUGGGACAUGCGAGGAAAACAGUUCCACACAGGUGUUGAGAUCAAAAUGUGGGCUAUAGCUUGUUUUGCAACUCAGAGACAGUGCCGAGAAGAAAUAUUGAAGGGUUUCACAGACCAGCUCCGUAAGAUUUCCAAGGAUGCAGGGAUGCCCAUCCAGGGCCAGCCUUGUUUCUGCAAAUAUGCACAGGGUGCAGACAGUGUGGAGCCCAUGUUCCGACAUCUCAAGAACACCUACUCAGGAUUGCAGCUCAUCAUUGUUAUUCUGCCUGGAAAGACGCCUGUGUAUGCGGAAGUGAAGAGAGUAGGAGACACACUUUUGGGGAUGGCUACUCAGUGUGUUCAAGUCAAGAAUGUUAUAAAAACAUCUCCUCAGACCCUCUCAAACCUGUGCCUAAAGAUUAAUGUUAAACUAGGAGGAAUCAAUAAUAUCCUUGUACCUCAUCAAAGACCUUCUGUGUUCCAACAACCAGUGAUCUUUUUGGGAGCAGAUGUCACUCAUCCACCUGCUGGUGAUGGGAAAAAACCUUCAAUUGCUGCUGUUGUAGGCAGUAUGGAUGCCCACCCAAGCAGAUACUGUGCCACAGUAAGAGUUCAAAGACCCCGACAGGAGAUCAUCCAAGACUUGGCCUCCAUGGUCAGGGAACUUCUCAUCCAGUUCUAUAAGUCAACUCGGUUCAAGCCCACUCGCAUCAUCUUUUAUCGAGAUGGUGUUUCUGAGGGCCAGUUUCGGCAGGUAUUAUAUUAUGAGCUGCUUGCAAUUCGAGAAGCCUGCAUCAGUUUGGAGAAAGACUACCAGCCUGGCAUCACCUACAUUGUGGUGCAGAAACGCCAUCACACACGGUUAUUUUGUGCUGACAGAACUGAAAGGGUUGGAAGAAGUGGAAACAUCCCAGCUGGAACAACAGUAGAUACAGAUAUUACCCAUCCAUAUGAGUUUGAUUUUUACCUCUGUAGUCAUGCAGGAAUACAGGGUACCAGCCGUCCCUCACACUAUCAUGUUUUGUGGGAUGAUAACUGUUUUACUGCGGAUGAACUUCAGCUACUAACUUACCAACUCUGCCAUACAUAUGUGCGUUGUACUCGAUCUGUUUCAAUACCUGCACCAGCGUAUUAUGCUCACCUGGUAGCAUUCAGAGCCAGAUAUCAUCUUGUGGACAAAGAACAUGACAGUGCUGAAGGAAGUCAUGUUUCAGGACAGAGCAAUGGUAGAGACCCACAAGCUCUUGCCAAGGCUGUACAGAUUCACCAAGACACCUUACGCACAAUGUACUUUGCUUAAAAAAUGAAGUCCAAGUAUACUUACUGAGGAAAAAACUGAAAAUGAAUUCACAUACAAUGUAUGUUUCCAGUGAGGUCAGUUGAAUGGGUAUGCACACCUCCAGCCAUAGGGAGGCCAGCCCUGUGGAGGGUCCGGGGACGGAUCCUCAAAUUGACGCACGGAACAUUGUUUACUUCAUCGAGGAACAGAGCACUAUUAUGCAAUAUGAAACCAGCCAACUGCUUUUUGUGCGGUCUCCCAUAGGAAGUAUCGCAAUCCAUUUUUUUUCUUAUAGUUAAACCCUUCUAAUGCCUUUACCUCAAGUUGCUUGGCAGCACAACUAUCUUUGCAAAAAAGAAAAGAAAAUUAUGGUUUAACAAACAUAUACACCUACAGGAAUAAUCAAAAUGAUUGUUCAAAAGAAGUGUGCAAAAAGUUAGUGUGUAUACAUGUAAAAAGUGUCCAUGUGUGUAUUUUAAAAUAUGCACAUGCACACUUUGCAUAUGUGUAUGUGUGUGUAUAUGUAUAUAUAUAUAUAUGCAUAGAUAAUAGAUAUAUGGGUAUGUGUAUAUUUUUAUAUCCUACUCCAUUGGAGAGCAUUCUCUUUCUCUUUUGCUUAUUACAUCCUUUUUUUUCCCCCUUCUUUCCACCUCAUCAACCUCGGUUCCUUUUAUUUCUGAUGCUACCAGUGACAUUUGAAAACUCUUCUUUCUGGUACAUUUGAAUGUGCAGCAUUGGCUGACUAGAUUUUUAUUUUUGCACACCGUCAUCAAUUAGCUUAGCCAGCUGCUGUCUUCAUGUCUUAAUACAGCUCUGAGUUCUCGGCUCUAGAAAUCAUUUUCAUGAGGGCAAAAUGCUCAUAUAUUGACAUGUGUGCAUUGAGCAUGUGUGUGGGUAUUUAUGUACAAAUGUGGGCUUUGGGUUUGCCGAUUUGUAAGACAUACACAUAUGCAGUAGUAGUAACCUCAAUUAUUUUUAGCUGUUGUUUUACCUUGUUAGAAAUUUUCACUAUUUUUCUGGUAAGCAAUAUGGAUUUUGAAGCCUCUUUGCAUUUUACAAAUUAAAUACAGAUGGCUGCCUCAGAUAGUAUUCCUAAGGGGUACAUAUUUGAAGUAAGUGGAAAUCCAGAGUUGGAGGUCUCUUAAGUAUGAGGAUGGAAGAUGGAUUUUUUUUUUUUGCUAAUUCCCUUGCUGCCCUCUCCUAACUUAAUGUGACUUUCAUAUAUACAUAUAUACACACGUGUAUAUUAUGUAUAUAUAUUUAUGUUUAUGUAUACACACAUCUACACAUGCAUACAUGUAUAUACACACAUUAUCUGUUUGUAGUAUAUGUGUGUAUACAAACAUAUGUGUGUGUUUUGAAGUUUAGCCUUUCUUUGGUAUUUAUUAGAGUAAUAAUGCUUUAAUUUAAUAAUUGUAGAUCAUAUUAGCCACAUCCUUUUUAGAAAUGUAAUCAUGUUUAUUUUAAGAACUGACGCCUUGUUUUUGCUAUCUUGUAGUGCAAUAAGCUGUUCUAAAGGAAAGUUGUGUCUGCUUGGAUGUAUUGUAGAUUGUAGCAGCCUUUGUACCAUUCUCUGGGCAAGAGUGGCCCCUCCAUGCUUUUAAAGGGCAAAGCAAUACCCCAAAAAGCCUUCAUCUCAGAAAGAAAGUGCUGUCACCUGUGGGCACACAGGGGACUUUCUGGGUAGCCUCACAGUGAUGGUGGAAGGCAGUGGGAGCGCCUACGUGGGAGUGUGUGCUUCUCUGUUAGGAAUGAACUAGAGCUUUGAGUUUUAAUAAAGGCCAGUGCACAGUUCAGGUUUCAGAACACA